CCAGUAAUUCUUACGGUUCACUAUGUAUUCCCGAGGUAGUACAUCAAGCUUACCAAUUCUUAUGCAUCCCAUUGGAGAGGCUCCACAUCGUUCUUGCAGCCGUCACCUCUCUCUAUCUUCGUUUAACACCCUUCUUCCAAUGUGCACAUGAACGUCUUGCACCACCAUCAUCGCCAUGGUCAUUCAUUCAGACUCCAAUUCGUCACACGCCACAACAAACGACACCACACUCCCAAUCCAGCAACCUUACACCAACAUCCGCGAUGCACCACCUCCAGCCGCCGACGCCCACGGCUACCGCAUCCGCGAACAACCCCUCGGCACCCUCAAACCCCUCAGAGUAAUCCUCAUGGGCGCCGGCGCCUCAACCCUCAAUUUCCUCAAAAAAGCUGAAGAAGAAAUGACCAACCUCUCCAUCGUCGUCUACGAGAAGAACCACGACAUCGGCGGCACGUGGCUAGAGAACCGGUAUCCCGGGUGCGCGUGCGAUAUUCCAUCUGUGAACUACCAGUUCUCGUGGAAGAUUAAAUUGUGGAGUCAUUACUAUAGCUAUGCACCUGAGAUUUGGGAGUACUUGAAGGAGAUUGAGAGAGAGAAUGGGUUCAUUGGGAAGUAUAUCAAGCUGAGACAUAGGAUUGAGCGUGUGGAGUGGGAUGAUAAGAUUGGGAAGUGGAGAGUUCAGGCGAGGAAUUUGGAGAGCGGGGAGGUUGUUGAGGAUGAAGCGGAGUUCUUCAUCAAUGCUGGGGGCGUGCUGAAUAGCUGGAAGUGGCCGGACAUUCCUGGGUUGAAGGAGUUCAAGGGGAAACUGAUGCACUCGGCGAACUACGAGGAGGGAUAUGAUCUGACCGGCAAGAAGGUCGCUGUUAUAGGAGCUGGGAGCAGCGGCGUGCAGAUCGUCGCUGCGAUACAAAAUAAAGUGGACCACCUGUAUCACUGGAUUCGAAGCCCGAUAUGGAUCACCGCUGGCUUCGCGCAGACAUGGGCAGCCAAGCAGGGCGCAAACUUCAAAUACAGCGAAGCCCAACUCUCGUACCUCCAAAACAACCCCAAGAAAUACCUCGAAUACCGCAAACAAAUCGAAAACGAGCUCAAUCAACGCUUCAAGUUCAUCCUCAAAGGUAGCCCCGCCGCCGCCGAAGCCCGCGCGUACUCCACACAAGAGAUGACCACGAAACUAAAAAACGACCCGCGUCUUGUAGACAAAAUCAUACCCAAAGACUUCAACCCCGGCUGCCGCCGCCCGACCCCCGCACCGGGCUACCUCGAAGCCCUCACCGCGCCCAACGCGACCAUCUUCACAGACCCCAUCAACUCCAUCACGCUGAAUGGGUUCAUGGACCACCAAGGAAAGCAGCACAACGUCGACGUCAUCCUCUGCGCAACCGGCUUCGACACCACCUGGCUCCCGCGCUUCCCCUUCAUCGCGCACAACACCGACCUGCGCGACGCCUGGAACACGCCCUCUGGCGUGACAUCGUACCUGUCCAUCGCGAUCCCCGGCUUCCCCAACCACUUCUCCUUCUGCGGGCCGUACGGGCCGCUGGGCCACGGGUCGUUCAUGCCGCUCAUCGAGCAGUGGACGCGCUACAUCUUCCUCGCCAUUCGAAAAGUCCAGGGUGAGAAUAUCAAGAGCGUGAAGCCCAAGAUGGAGAGGGCGCGCAUGUUCCGGCAGCACGCGGAUCUGUUCCUGCAGCGCACGGCAUGGACGUCGCCGUGUGCGUCGUGGUUCAAGGGUGGGAGGAAGGACGGGCAGGCGGCGAUCUGGCCGGGCUCCAGGUUGCAUUUUCUGAGCAUGUUGGAGGCCCCGCGUUGGGAGGACUAUGAGAUUGACUACUGGGAUGACAAUAUUUUCAGCUUCCUGGGCAAUGGUUUCCACGUCAGGGAGAGCGAUGGACGCGAUAUUACGAAUUAUCUAGGGUGUCUGGAUGAGGAGGGGAGGGAUGUGCAGCCGGAGUACGAUGAGGGGCUGAUUGAUGUGUUGGGUGGUGUUACGUUGGAUGACAAGUAUAUCGUGAAGGGUGGGUAGAUGCUAGGGUUGGCUUUAGCUUGGGUUGAGCAAGCGUUUGAUGAUCGAUGGUUGCGCAGAAUUUUCCGUGUCGUGGUACGGGUACAGAUCAAAGGUGACAUCAGACAAUGUGG